CUCCGGCCUCACGCAGGUCGCAGCGCCGGUAACCGACCGAAAGCCAGGCAGACAUGCAGUAGCGGACAAGCAGCUCGUCGCGCGCGCGCGCCAGGUCUCACCGGGAUGCCAUCACCGCGCCACCGCUCCAUCUGCAUUCGCACCGCUCGCUUUUCUCUUCCUGACUUCCUCCUCUCGCUCCCUGCCGGGCUCUAGGCAGUUUCUGUUCUCGCGGAGGACAAACUGUCCGACAGGACAUCCUCGCUCGCGCUCUCUCCAUGCUCGUCGUCGUCGUCGUUGUCAUCGUUGUUGUCUCUGUGGUGGACGCCAUGGGCGAGCGGCGAGCUGCCGUGGGUGUGAGUGUGAUGAGGGCGGCGGUCAUGGUGGCCCUGCUGGGACUCGUGGCCGCAGCGUCCUCCUCCGGCGCGGAUGUCCUUACGGACAACUUGUCCUCCGCCGACCAAGUUGAGGCGCUAGUGAGCAUCAGGGCGGCGCUUCGGGACCCGGACAACGUUCUCGGCGGUUGGGUCGUCACCUCCGGCGGUGACCCGUGCGGCUGGAAGGGGGUCACCUGCUCCGAUGGCCUUAUUCACACACUAGAACUGGAAAACAUGAACCUGUCCGGCAGACUGUCGCCGGCCAUCGGGGAACUGCGGCAGUUGCGGAAUUUGUUCUUGGACCAUAAUUCUAUUUCAGGCCCUAUUCCUGAGACCAUAGGAGGGCUGCCGCUGCUACAAAGGCUUGACCUUUCAGGCAAUCAGUUCAACGGCACCAUACCCCGCACACUGGGUGAUCUCAGGGACCUCUAUUUUGUGAAGCUGAGCCACAACAAUUUAUCUGGAUUCAUCCCUGAUUCACUAAUCGCUUCUGACAACCUCUUCAUCCUGGAUCUGUCAUCCAACAACCUGAGCGGCACGGUGCAGGAAUUUAGAAUAAAGAAUGUACUCCUCGAGGGAAAUCCGUUGCUAUGCUAUCCCAGUUGCGGAACAAGAUGCGACUCCAUACGUGCGCAGGAAGAGGUCACAGUCCCUGUGCAAAACCCGGAAACUCACUCACAAAGAUAUGCAACAAGCACCAAGACGGUGCUACUGUGGAUGUCAACUGCUUUUGUGGUAGUUGUCUUCUUGGCCGCUGUCACCGCGGCUACCCGGCAGUGGCGUAGGCGUCACCAGAUCUUUGCUGAUAUAGAUGGUAAUCAUAUGAUCCCAAAUGACAAAAAGGAAUCCGAAGUAUGCCUUGGUCAUGUGAAGAGGUAUACGCUCAAAGAUAUAAAAGAGGCUACCAACAACUUCAACCCAAAUAACAUCUUGGGGCAGGGAGGAUUUGGGAUAGUAUACAAGGGUAUCUUGCAUGAUGGCACCAUUGGUGCUGUGAAAAGGUUGAAGGACUUUGUUUCUGCUGGUGAAAAUCAAUUCCACACAGAAGUUGAAGUCAUAAGCUUGGUUGUUCACCGCAAUCUCCUUAAUCUAAUUGGGUUCUGCUCUGAAGAUAAUGAGAGGAUCCUUGUGUACCCUUACAUGCUAAAUGGAACUGUUUCUUCUAAAUUACAAGCAUAUGUUAGUGGAAGACCUGCCUUAGACUGGCCAAGGAGAAAGAAGAUUGCGCUGGGCGCUGCACGAGGGCUCGCCUAUUUGCAUGAGCACUGUGAUCCAAAAAUAAUCCAUCGUGACAUAAAAGCUUCAAAUAUUCUUCUUGAUGAAUUUCUUGAAGCAAUAGUCGCUGAUUUUGGGUUGGCAAAGCUCUUGGGUGAAGGGGAGAGCCGUGUUUACAGCGUGAUCCGCGGGACAUUUGGGCGUAUUGCUCCGGAGUAUCUGAUGAAAGGAGAAUCAUCAGAGAAGACUGAUGUUUUCGCAUAUGGACUCCUAUUGAUCGAGCUAAUCACUGGUCGAAAAACAUUGGAAGUCCACGACGAGGAGCAUCCGAAUGGAGGAGUUGCUGACUGGGCAAGGAAGCUUCUUGAAGAGGAUCAGCUAAGCUCGUUCGUGGACAAGAGGCUACGGAACAACUACAACAAUGCCGAGCUGAAGGAGAUGGUUCAGAUAGCCCUGCUCUGCACAAUGUUCAGCCCAACUCAUCGCCCAAGGAUGUCUGAAAUCAUUAGGAUGCUGGAAGGAUAUGGAUCCGUUGCAGAGAUAUGGGAGGGCUUGAAGAAUGUCCCGGUACCGAUACCGAUGCCUGGAACCCGGAACUUUGCGCCGUCUCCUGCAAAUUAUAGUGGAGAAGACGAGUGUAGCUCAGUGGAGUUGGAAGCAGUUGAGCUCUCAGGGCCAAGGUGAUCUCGUAGCCCUUUUGUCAAGUCAGAGAACAUAUAUGGUGCUCCCACCCAGCUGUGGUUAUACUGUCCCCCCUCCACUGGGGUGAAUAUGGAUUGAUGAACCAUGAUAUAAUGUAGCACCUGCAAUAAAUAAAUCAUCUGAGAAACAGAGAGACAUA